CGGAGCGCGGCGGCGGCGGGCGCAGCUAGCGGGUCGGCUGCGGAGCGGGGGUGCAGCUCGGUUUCCCCCCGACACCCCUCCCCCUCAGGCGCCAGCCCCACCCCUCCGCCCGCCGGGCCGACCCCGCCGGACUAUCCCCUGCGGCGCGAGCCCGGGGCGGCUCCGGGCGCCCCCCAGCAGACCCCCCCCCCCAUUAUGGGCAGCCAGAGCUCCAAGGCUCCCCGGGGCGACGUGACCGCCGAGGAGGCAGCAGGCGCUUCCCCAGCGAAGGCCAACGGACAGGAGAAUGGCCACGUGAAAAGCAAUGGAGACUUAACCCCCAAGGGUGAAGGGGAGUCGCCCCCGGUGAACGGAACAGAUGAGGCAGCUGGGGCCACUGGCGAUGCCAUCGAACCAGCACCCCCUGGCCAGGGCGCUGAGGCCAAGGGGGAGAACGCCCCCAAGGAGACCCCUAAGAAGAAGAAGAAAUUCUCUUUCAAGAAGCCUUUCAAAUUGAGUGGCCUGUCCUUCAAGAGAAAUCGGAAGGAGGGUGGGGGUGAUUCUUCUGCCUCUUCACCCACAGAGGAAGAGCAGGAGCAGGGGGAGAUCGGUGCCUGCAGCGAGGAGGGCACUGCCCAGGAAGGGAAGGUUGCUGCCACCCCCGAGAGCCAGGAGCCCCAGGCCAAAGGGGCAGAGGCUAGUGCUGCCUCCAAGGGAGGAGACACAGAAGAAGAGGCAGGGCCCCAGGCUGCAGAGCCGUCCACUCCUUUGGGGCUGGAAAGUGGCCCUGCAUCAGCCAGCGUUGAGCAGAAUGAGUAGCUGGGUGGGGACAGGUGGGUGAUCUCUAAGCUGCAAAAACUGUGCUGUCCUUGUGAGGUCACUGCCUGGACCUGGUGCCCUGGCUGCCUUCCUGUGCCCAGAAAGGAAGGGGCUUGUUGCCCCCUCCCAGCCACGUUCCCUUUCCUCCUCUCCCUCCUGUGGAUUCUCCCAUCAGCCAUCUGGUUUUUCUCUUAAGGCCAGUUGAAGAUGGUCCCUUACAAUUUCCCAAGUUAGGUUAGUGAUGUGAAAUGCUCCUGUCCCUGGCCCUACCUCCUUCCCUGGCCCUACCCCUGCAGAAGGCAAUUGCUGGUUUUCUCUCCCAAUUCUUUUCCAAGUAGGUUUUGUUUAUCCUACUCCCUAAAUCCCUGAGCCAGAAGUGGGGUGCUUGUACUCCCAAACCCUGAGUGUCCAGCCUUUCCCCUGUUGAGUUUUUAGUCUUUUGUGCUGUGCCUAGUGGCACCUGGGCUGGGGAGGACACUACCCCCGUCUAGGUUUUUAUAAAUGUCUUACUCAAGUUCAA